GGGCGGGUCAGGGGGAAGCGCACUUCCGGUGCCCUUUCUCCUGCGAGCACCACGGCCCCCAAUCCUCGUGUGCAGGGCGAGGUCUGAAAACUGGAGUGGGGUAGAGGCUGGCGGGCACCCCCUCCUGACCUCCGGUGCCGCCGCCUUCGGGAGGACCAGACAUGGCUCAGAACUUAAAGGAUUUAGCGGGACGCCUGCCCGCCGGGCCUCGGGGCAUGGGCAUGGCGCUGAAGCUGCUGCUGGGGGCCGGGGCCGUGGCCUACGGCGUGCGCGAAUCCGUGUUCACCGUGGAAGGUGGUCAUAGAGCCAUCUUCUUUAACCGGAUCGGCGGCGUGCAACAGGACACAAUCCUGGCCGAGGGACUUCACUUUAGGAUCCCCUGGUUCCAGUACCCCAUCAUCUAUGAUAUUCGGGCCAGACCCCGAAAAAUCUCCUCCCCUACAGGUUCCAAAGACCUGCAGAUGGUGAACAUUUCCCUGCGUGUACUGUCUCGACCCAAUGCCCAGGAGCUCCCCAGCAUGUACCAGCGCCUCGGGCUAGACUAUGAGGAGCGAGUGCUGCCGUCCAUUGUCAACGAGGUGCUCAAGAGUGUGGUGGCCAAGUUCAAUGCCUCGCAGCUGAUUACCCAGCGGGCUCAGGUGUCCCUGUUGAUCCGAAGAGAGCUCACAGAACGCGCCAAGGACUUCAGUCUCAUUCUGGACGAUGUAGCUAUCACCGAGCUGAGCUUUAGCCGAGAGUACACAGCUGCUGUAGAAGCCAAACAAGUGGCCCAGCAAGAAGCCCAGCGGGCCCAGUUUUUGGUGGAAAAAGCAAAGCAGGAACAGCGACAGAAGAUCGUGCAGGCUGAGGGGGAGGCUGAGGCUGCCAAGAUGCUUGGAGAAGCACUGAGCAAGAAUCCCGGCUAUAUCAAGCUCCGAAAGAUCCGGGCCGCCCAGAACAUAUCUAAGACGAUCGCCACCUCCCAGAACCGCAUCUAUCUCACGGCCGACAACCUUGUGCUGAAUCUACAGGAUGAAAGCUUUACUCGGUAAGAGAUGGCUGUGCAGAGAGCAGGGUCCUUGGGUUCUGGAAUCUGUUCAUCAUGGGGCCCUUGACAGUUUCCCUGAACACCAAGGUCAGAAAAGUCAGUGACUGGUUGGCAGUUCUCUUGUUACAUUCUCAAGGACUGACUUUACAAAACAAAAUGGGAUUUCUUGUGUAAAAGGAACUUUAUUUAUAAAUACUUCAGUGAAAAGUGGUGACCGACAGAGUUCGGAAUUCUGGCUGGAGAACCUGAAUGCUGCUUCAUUGGCAGUGAAAAUAUCAGGGCUGCAGAAGCCAAAAGAGCAGUCAUGAGGGGGCUAGUAUAAGGGUCAAGGGCAGCCGGGGCCUGAAGCUAACAAUCAUGUCUAUCUCUUCUUUCUGUUUCCUGCUGACUCCAUGAUGUGCUGGCUGUAGGGGAAGGUAAGGAACUGCAUCCCUGCUGGGACAUGGGGGCCACCUACUCCCAGACCUGCCUCUGCGCUCCCCUCCCCACAGUCAGACCUUCCUUUGGGAAGGGGAUAGUUUGGUGUGGUUUGCAUCUCACCUUUAUGGCGCCCAUAACAUCAGGAACAUUUUUCCUUUGUUCUACAGCGACAGCCUCAUCAAGGCUAAGAAAUGAGCUGUGGGCUGGAGAACUCCACCACCAGAGGAGUGGAUGCAUUUCUCGCUAGUUUUGAGGAGCCAGCUAGGGAGGUCAAGCACGCCCCACCCUGCAAGCAUCAUGUGACAGAGUCCUCUGUACUUGGCCCUCUUGGAUUAAGGAAGACUGAAGACCAGCUGUUGCUGAGGGCUUUCCUCCUCCCUGUGUUGGCCUGGGGGAGGGGAGAAGCAAGUGUGAUUUCUCGGAGAUUCCCUACACUGUUGUCCCACCCCCAUGGGGGGAGAUAACCACCAUCCCAGAAAUUCUCAAUAAAACUUUUAUUACUUAAACUGAA